UCCAUUAUUAGUUUCCGAUGAUACACGAGCGACGUUUGUCUUUUCAUCUUUUGCAGGCUAUCUUACCGUAUUGUAUUAUACUCUCUUACUCCUACUCUUGUUCUCUCUCGCCUGCAUCCACCAUGUUUACGCUGCGAUAUGGAACGUGCAGCAUUCGACGUUAAAUUGCAACCCCGAACAUUCGUCGUCAUCGCCGAAGUCGUUUGUUCGGUUGGGGAUUUUUUCUAUUUUUUGGUAGUGGGGUUGGGUAGCUACUAGCCAGCCAACGGUCUGUGCAUCGCCAAUACGGCGGCGGGUGGGCUGCAUGGUGGUGGGUGCAUGGGGUGAGCCAUAUAAAACAUUAAAUUCGUCCGCACCGGCAGAACACUCGUGCAUGAGACGGCGUCCAUAAAGCAGCAGACGACGAAUCAGCUAUAGGCCGACAGAUCGGAGUGUUUAAAAGUGCUAUCAAGCUCCUCGCCUAGUGCUCACCACUUCCCUUUACUGUAUUGUGCUUGCAAGGAACAAAAGGAACAUAACAAAAUCAAAAUGAGAUUAACGCUUCAGCUUUGCUGCGGAAUACUGCUGCUGUGUGUAGUUUCUGGCCAGCAGUACAAGCAGCAAUCGGCAUCGCCUGCGUCCUCCUCGACAUCUGCUACCAGCUCCUUCGACACGGUUCCUGCGGCGGCCAACAAUGUAGCGUAUCGCGCGCGACAGUACUCAAACCAGUACAGCAGCUCCUCGGAGGAGGAAGAGGAUGAUCGACCAGUGCCAUCGUAUAACAGUGGUCGUCAGCAGCAGCAGGGUAACACACUGAAGAAAAGCUUCAAGAAACCGUCUUACUCGAGCGAAGAGCUGGAACAGGAAGAGGAACCAGACCGGCUGACGUUGCUGCUCGAAAAGUCUCAGUUCCAGUGUACGGGCCGCACGACUGGCUACUAUGCUGACGAGAGUCUCGGCUGUGAAGUGUUCCACUACUGUCAGGAAAACCAGAAACACUCAUGGAUUUGCCCCGAGGGUUUCACUUUCCACCAGGUGCAUCUGAUCUGUAUGCCGCCGUCAGGCGACAACAUUUGUGAACAGUCGUCCAAGUAUCACUUUGUCAACGAUUAUCUUUACAAGCCGAUUAACAUGGAGGAGCACAUGACCAAACCUAACGUUACACUAAGGUAUUCGGAACGUUACUAUCCGGAGAACUUCUACGUUGACGAGCGUCACUAUGACGAAGAACGCGUCCUGCGCCAGCACGAAGAACGCCAUCAGCCACAGCAACCGAUCAAGCAAACCUACCACCACCAACCACAGCAGCAGACGAUCCGUAAGCAACCGGUCUAUGCCACGACACCGUCCUCCUACCGGUUGCCGUCCUCUCCUCAGCCCACCCACAGCGUCUACCGUUCGCCGGACGAGAUUAACAUCUCCCUGCAACAACGACGACCGGCAUCGCAACCCGGAUCCUACAUCCAGUCGACCACUCCACGCUACGAGGACGAACCGGAAUACGAUAGCUACGAACGGAAGUAAGACAAGUCCUUCCCAGAACUCCCAAGAGUUAUCGGGGGAACCACCACUGCUAGUGGCCAGUUAAACGUCACUGCCAUGCAUGGAAAAGAAGCGCGUGGAACCGUCCACAUACCCACAAUACUUCUUCCUUCAUUCAGCACUGGAUGAAUGGUGGUCCGGUCAUAGGUUGACUUUUGGUCGACAGAGCAUGAUUAGCGGGUUAGUUCUAAGAGUACAUUUUUCGUUUUAAACCAACUUUUAUCGAUUAUCUUAAGCCUCAAAGUCAAAGAGGAAGCUGUGCAGAGACAAGGGAUCGCGCAUUCGAGACAACGCACAGAACAGAGACAACGCGUAAGGCAAGUUUUCAAUGUCUGGUUUCCAGCUACUUCAUCUGUUCCAUCGUCUACCAUCGUUUGAAAGGGAGCUUCAUUUUCGUCUCUUUUCCAUUGCGAAACCGCGUCGAGAGUGUUUGUGUUUUUCUUCGUAUUAAGGUUGAAAUAAAGUAAAAUAUUUAUUUUUUUUUCAUUUAUCGAAA